GGAGAUCUGGUGUUCUGACAUGUACGCGAACGGGAGGACGGAGGAGUGGCUGAUAGAGUGGGGGCUAGGCACGGGCGCAGCUUGGCCGUGUUUGUGCGUGGAGCGUGACAUGUGACGGGUGAGAUUCGAAGUCCGCUGCCCCUUGCCAUGUCCACCCGCAGCCAGUCUCCGCUCUCCCCGCUCGACGACAACGACUCCGCCCACACAGACCGCCCCCAGCCCCGUCCGUCCCGCUCAAACUUCGACCUCGAGCCAAACCCCUUCGAGCAGUCCUUUGCACGCCCCCCGAACCACACCUCCAGCAUCCGCUCCUCCCAGGCUGCCUCUCCCGUCCGCAAGGGCUCCGCGCACAGCGACACAAAACCCUCCAUCGACGAUCUCCAACAUCCUCGCUCCCCGACCUCCAGCAGCCCUUCCCGUCGGCAGUCGGACCGCAGCGCCUCUCCCAAGACAGUCUUGCCCCCGCUCGCGUCCAUCUCCUCCCCGACCGACCAAUAUUCAUGGGGCUUCUCCCCCUCCUCCAUCUCAAACUCUCUACGCGCCGGGCCUCUUUCUCCCGCCAUGCUUGCAGGCCCCAGGCAUGACAACGGCCCCAGCGAUCAGCCCCCCAUCGCCUUUGACCCCACGAGCUUCCGCUCGGGGCUCACUCCACGCACCGGCCUUACCCCCGGCACCGGCACCGGUCUCACUCCCCUCAUGGGUGGUCCGGUCUCCUUCCCUCCGCCCUCCCCCAACACAGCCGCUUUCCUGCACAUGAUGAACAACAGCACGUCCGGCGGAGCUACCAUCACACCAAACACCCUCAAUGCCAUCACCGGUGUGCUAUCGUCUGCAGCUGCUGGGCAAGCCAACGGCGUCCAUGGGCCUUCACCACAUCCUCUCUCCAUUUCUCAUGUCCCUCCAUCGAGUUACGAUCGCAAUAUGAACGGAUCACACUACACCAACGGGAACUCUGCCAACAACCAUUCCCCGACCCAGGCGCAGCGCGACCAGCAGAGCUAUGCCAUGUCCACGGCCGCCGAUGCUGCCAAUUCAGCCGCUAACGGCCUCUUCCUCCUUUCUCAAGCUCAUCAGGAGCUGACGAAGCGAGAAGAGGCCCAGCGUGCAGGCCAGAACGGUGUCUCCACUAACGGCGCUGCAAACGGUAAACGGGGCACCAAGCGCAAGUCCUAUGACGUCAGUUCGCCCACCGAUUCUUUGCCCCCUUCGAGCAAGCAGCCUUCUCAGAAGCGCAACCGCGCCGCGAGCACCAACGGUCGCAACGGGAGACGGGGCACGAGUCCUUCUAUUAAUGACGAAGACGACGAAGAGGAGGAGGAGGAAGACGUGAUGGAUAUGCAGCCUACGAAUGGUAAGAAGAAUGGCAAUAAAAAGCCAGAGACGGAGGAAGAAAAGCGCAAGAAUUUCCUUGAGCGAAACCGGCAGGCUGCGCUCAAAUGUCGUCAACGGAAAAAGGCGUGGCUGUCGCAGCUUCAGGCCAAAGUUGAAUUUUUGUCAACGGAGAACGAGCGACUUCAGUCUGCUCUCGUGACUUCAAGAGAAGAAAUUGCACGUCUGACGGCAGCAGCAGCGGCGGCGGCCAACGGGAUGCUCGCGCCUGUCGGCGUAGGGAUUCCUCCUCCGCAACCCGUUAGCGUCAAUGUCAGCCUACCACCUGGGACGGUGAAGGGCGUUAACGGUCGAGGGUACGGAUAUUAGGGCCAUGCAUGAACGCUCGUUUCCUCCGCCCGCCAUUGGGCCCUCGUCUUUUUUCCCCUGCUUGUUUUGUCACUUGCUCGCACUUGCUAUACAAUCGGCCAUCGAAAAUAUGAUAGGCGUAUCGUGAAGAUCUCUCGCAUCACCUCCACUCCUGCCAUCAUCAUAACGCAUCAGCCACCAUCCUUCAUCUAGCAUCUUGUCAUCGCCCCCGUCUUGAUCCUAGCCAUGGCGUUCAAUGGCUAUAUAUCUCCAUGUGUCCACUCUUUCCUCUGCAUAUGCAUGAGCUCACGGACUCCGUUUUUCCCCUCGUGGUCUACGAGUUUGUACUUUCUACCGCAACCAGACGCAUUUAGUGCAUUCCAUCGCAUGACUAAGUGUCGGUCAUCUGUCUGCGAGGACUUCCGAAGUCCGGAUGCGGAGCACACUCGAAAUCCGGCGAUCAUCGUUCGAACCUCACUUCACCCUCUUGGAGUCUGCCACACCUCCGAAUGGGAGAUUGCGUCGUUCUUUCUGCCACAGAUCAUUGGUCACCAGGACGAUUCCGCGUCCAUCUCUCCGAGCCUCCGCUGAGUCAGCCGCCGAAAUGCUGAGGUUGGAGAUCGGGGCGGAUGCGCUGUGUUCGUGGACGACGCGACGCAAUGCAGACGAGAUACUGGAGGGUUCUCGCGGCUCAUCUGGCUGGCAC